AUGGCCACUUCUUCUGGCCGACCUAUAGAAGCUGCUCGUGAAGGUUCGGGUACCUCUGUUCCCCAACCUCAUGCACUAGAAGAGGUUGCAGAACCUUUGUCGAAUCAAUAUGUUCCCCACACUAGUGGGUCUGAAGUUGGAAACCAUCAGGGUGUAAGAGUUGGUUCACAUCCUCACAUGAGUCGUGGUACUCAAGCCCUGAAUCCUCCUUUUCAACAAAUGACUGAAUUCUUCCACCACAUGGCUGAAGUGAUGCAUGAUCCCAAUGUGAUUAACUUUAAGAAAAUGAGGAAAAUGGGUGGAGUGGAGUUUGAAGGCACCGUUGAUCCCACAGAUGCUGAACAAUGGCUGGAGCGCAUGGAGAGAGUAUUUGAGCAGUUAGAGUGUUCAGAUGUUUCCAAAUUUAAAUAUGCUAUUUCAUUAUUACAAAAGGAUGCUUACGAUUGGUGGGUAAGUGUUCCAAAGGCCAAGGUAAAACCUCAUGUUCUUACUUGGGAUGAUUUUCUUAGGGAAUUUCGUAUGAAGUAUGCCACACCUGCUUAUUGUGAUGCAAAGAGAAAGGAGUUUUUGAAUUUAAGGCAACGAGGCAUGUCUAUUGUUGAGUACCAACAGAAGUUUCUAAUGCUCUCUCGUUAUGCUGGAGGUAUUAUUAAAGAGGAAAAAGACAAGUGUAGGAAGUUUGAAGAUGGUUUAAAUGAUUCCAUUAGAAAGAAUGUGGCGAUCCUGCAACAUGAGAACUUUUGCAAGGCUCGCGUUCCCACUUGUCCACAUUGUGGGAAGAAUCAUUAUGGUACUUGUAGGAGAGCUUCUGGUGUAUGUUUCAAUUGUGAGAGCUUUGAUCAUAAAGUGAAGGAUUGUCCUAAUCCUAAUAAUGCUCCUUCCUUGAGAGCUGAAGGCUCAGUUCAUAAGCCUUCUAUUAAUCCUUCUCAAACUAAUAGAGGUGCAAGACCUAAAAAUACCCAAGCAACAGGUACAAGUGGAGCUAAUCAAGCUAGUGGACAAAGGGCUACUUCACGUGCUUAUUCUAUGAGGCAGAGGGAUGAUCAAGAUGGACAAGACGUGGUUGUCGGUAAAUUUCACUUAUUUGGCUUAUGUGUGUUUACACUGUUUGAUCCUGGUUCUACACAUUCCUAUAUUUGUCCAUCACUUGUUCUUGCUGAAAAUGUGAAAUCUGUGAGACUUAAUUAUGAUGUGCUGGUUGAAAGUCCUUUGGGUUAUCAGGUUGUGUGUAAUCAAAUUUAUCGUGAUUGUCCCUUCGUGAUUCAAAGCUUGGUCUUCCCUGCUGAUUUGAUUGAAAUGCCCUUCAAAGAUUUUGAUGUUAUUAUUGGGAUGGAUUGGCUUCAUAAAUAUUAG